AUGGCCGUCACGUAUAUAGUUUAUCAUGUUCUACGAGUUUUUGUUCUUGUAUUCAUUCUGCUUGAUGUUUGCUCUGCUUCGUUUUCAAUGGCGGUUACAUCUUCUUCGACUACGGAUACAGUUUUGAUAGUCGUAGAUCAAUCAGGACAAGGUGAUUAUAAAACGAUACAGGACGCCAUUAAUGCGGUUGCUUCUAAUAACUCCGAGCUUAUUUACAUUUGGAUCAAACCAGGAACAUACAGAGAGAAGAUUGUUGUUCCUGCCGAUAAACCCUUCAUAACUUUGAGUGGUACGGAGGCCUCCAACACCAUCAUAACAUGGAACGACGGUGGCGACAUUUUCAAUUCUCCGACAUUAUCUGUAAUGGCUUCCGAUUUUGUUGCAAGAUAUCUCACAAUUCAAAACACAUUUGGGAUGAGUGGGAAAGCUAUUGCAUUGAGGGUAGCAGGGGAUAGAGCUGCACUUUAUGGGUGUCGAAUUCUAUCUUAUCAGGACACUUUGCUUGAUGAUUCUGGUAGACACUAUUACUACAAUUGUUAUAUUGAAGGAGCCACUGAUUUCAUUUGUGGAAAUGCUGCUUCUCUUUUCGAAAGUUGCCACCUACACUCACUAGCUACAACCUUUGGAACAAUAACAGCCCAACAUCGGAAUUCACCCUUUGAGAAUACAGGUUUCAUAUUUGUGGGUUGUAAGAUAACGGGCAUGGGUGAUGGCACCGUUCUUGGAAGGCCAUGGGGUUCAUGCUCUCGUGUCAUAUUUGCACAUACUUUCAUGUCAAAUGUAAUAUCACCGGAGGGAUGGCGUGGUUGGGAUGAUCCAAGCAAGGAAAGGACGGUGUACUAUGGCGAAUAUAAGUGUUAUGGUCCAGGGGCGGAUAGGUCGAAGAGGGUCGGAUGGUCCCGUGAGCUAUCACAUGACGAGAGUGCACCCUUUUUGAACAAGAGCAUGAUCGGGGGUAGAAGUUGGCUUAGACCAACGCCAACCCACUUCAAGAAACACUUGCCUCGUCCCAUAGAAGAUGGGGGAAACUAGAAUUGCAUCAAGUUCAUAUGAAAGCGAUUUCAUCGAAAGGGAUCAUUUUAGGUCUGGGUAUGCCCCACCUAACAGAUCAUAUUUCAAGUGGGAUAAACUGGAUCAGUUUGAAUUGGUUUCGUUUGAUAUGGUUAUGUAAGUGUUUAUGUUUUUCUAUUUAAUGUUACUUAUAAGAACUUGUACAAAUAAAGAUUGUGUUCAUUUUUUUU